AUGCAAGUCUUGAUUGAACAGGGAGCUAAUCUUUCUACUGAGAACGAUCAGGGUCAGACAUGCGCGCACUUGGCAAUCUUGGAAGAUCAUGUAGAGGCGCUACGGUACUUGGGGGAGGUAGGGGGCCGGGAGCUGCUCGCCCAGCCAAUCAAGGACGGGAGGACAUGCGCGCACUGGGCGAGCGAGGGAGGGCAUGUAGAGGCGGUACGGUACUUGGGGGAGGUAGGGGGCCGGGAGCUGCUGGGGCAGGCGGACAAUCAAGGGAGGACAUGCGCGCACUUGGCGAGCGAGGGAGGGCAUGUAGAGGCGGUACGGUACUUGGGGGAGGUAGGGGGCCGGGAGCUGCUGGGGCAGGCGGACAAGGACGGGAGGACAUGCGCGCACAUGGCGAGCGAGGGAGGGCAUGUAGAGGCGCUACGGUACUUGAGGGAGGUAGGGGGCCGGGAGCUGCUCGCUCAGCCGGACGUGUACGGGAGGACAUGCGCGCACAUGGCGAGCAGGGAAGGGCACGUAGAGGCGGUACGGUACUUGGGGGAGGUAGGGGGCCGGGAGCUGCUGGCGCAGGCGGACAAUCAAGGGAGGACAUGCGCGCACAUGGCGAGCGAGGGAGGGCAUGUAGAGGCACUACGGUACUUGAGGGAGGUAGGGGGCCGGGAGCUGCUCGCGCGGGCAGACAAGGAAGGGAGGACAUGCGCGCACAUGGCGAGCAGAGAAGGACAUGUAGAGGCGCUGCUGGCGAAGCCGGACGAGUACGGGAGGACAUGCGCGCACAUGGCGAGCGAGGGAGGGCAUGUAGAGGCGGUACGGUACUUGAGGGAGGUAGGGGGCCGGGAGCUGCUCGCCCAGCCGGACGAGUACGGGAGGACAUGCGCGCACAUGGCGAGCGAGGGAGGGCAUGUAGAGGCGCUACGG